CGACGACGACGAAGACUGACGACGAGAUCCCCCCCCACAGCGAAAGAACAUCAUUGACGACGACUGCCAUCAUGUCUCAACCAUCCCUCGCGCCCUACGUGCUCAAGCGCCCCUUCCUCCAGCGCUUCCUCACCCCCUUCGCCAACUGGUACGCCAAUGCCGCCGGCUACAGAAAGCUCGGGUUGAGAGCCGAUGACCUCAUCCCAGAGGAGUCCGACGUCGUUCUCCAGGCCAUCAAGCGCCUCCCGCCCAAGGAGUCCUACGAUCGCGUCUUCCGCCUCCGCCGCGCCUUCCAGUGCUCGCUCUCUCACCAGCUGUUGCCAAAGGAGCAGCAGACUCCCCCCGAGGAGGAUACCCCAUACCUCUCGCCCAUCAUCCGCGAGAUCGAGGCCGAGCUGAAGGAGCGCAAUGAUUUGGAUUCGCUGGCUGUGAAGCGUCGUUAAGUGUGAGGAGAGGAGGGGUGUGUGUAUAAAGGAAUAGAGGGAGGGGGGAAAUAGUGGAUGUUUUGGAUGGGGAGAGCCUGGCUUUGUGGGGGCCAGUGUUGUAUUGUAUCGGGUU